AUGCCCUCACCCACAGAGCCCAUAUCAGAAGGCAGCAGCAGCAUCUGCCCUUUGCUUGAUGAGGCGCACACAGGCAUGACCAUUGCAGAGCGCCCCUUGAGGUCCCUCAGCUCCAGGCAGUGCGUCAAGUCCUCCUCACCCACUGCCUCUCUGGUAGGUCCUGUGUGGGUGCGCAUAGGGGGAGGUGGGAGAGGAAGGCGGGAGAGGGAGGUGGGAGAGGGAGGUGGGAGAGGAAGGUUACAGAAGGAGAGGGAGGUGAGAGAGGAAGGGGGGAGAGGGAGGCAGAAGGGAGGUGGGCAAGAGAGGCAGGAGAGGGAUGUGUGA